AUGAAAUGGUUGAAGGAAAAGGAAUCGAAAGAAGCUUUUCUACCUACGUCUACCGUGCAAAAAUCUCAUUUGUGCUUUCUUUUUAAAUUGCAUGUUUUUAAAUUCAUGUCAACUUCAGUGUUUGAUCGCCAUAGGAGCCGGCAGUUCUAUCUGCAGUGUUCAUUUGCCUGUAAGUAUUGCAAAUUUAAAUACAGAUAAAAACGCCUGGAUGGCGGAAUUGAAAGCCGCUUGUCCGAUGGUGGAAGCUGACGUAUUUUUCCGUUUAUUUUUGGAGACUCCGGUUUAGGAAAACGGGGGGGGGGGGUGUUUGCCCAGAGCAUGGGUAGGCAAACUAAGGCUCUGCCCAGUUGCCUCAGGAUCCAGCCUGUGGACAGUCCGGGAAUCAGCGUGUUUUGACAUGAGUAGAAUGUGUGCUUUUAUUGAAAAUGCACCUCUGGGUGAUUUGUGGGGCAUAGGAAUUCAUUCAUUCCCCACCCCAGCCCCCCACAAGGUCUGAGGGACAGUGGACCAGCUCACGGCUGGAAAAAGUUGCUGACCCCUGACGCCCUUUUUAGAAAAGGAGAAAAGAGGACAAGCUUUUGCAACCAUACUACACCAGAUGAAUUGUUGACUGCCAAAUUGGCGACACAGAUUUUUUUAUUUUUUAAAACUAAUACAUUAUAGUGGCCGGAUCCCGAGGUUUUUGCAACAGGAGGUGCCUGUUCUGCGCAUGUGUGCGGCGUAGUAGAGUGCUUCUGUGCAUGCGGCAAAACCCGGUAAAAUACUUCCAGGUUUGUCGCUUACAUAUCCCGAAGUUUAUGCAACCAGAGGGUUAGGUGAGCUGAGGUACUGCUGUAUCUGCACUUCAGGGCAGGUCAUGCAUAGCAGGCGCAGGCGUGGCCCUCCAGCUCUUUUGGGACUACGACGCCCAUCAUUCCUAGUUAACAGGACCAGUGAUCAGGGUUGAUGAGAACUGUAACAGCUGGAGGGCCAAGUUGGGCCAUGCCUGUAGUAGGGGAUAGCUCCUUCCGUUUCCCAUGACAACUACAUCUUGUAACUUGGUCUACCAAUUGAGAAGAGGGUUUGCCAAUGGAAACCUAUUCAUUGAUUCUAUCACUACUGUAUUCUCAAGCGUGGGUGCCAGUGGGGAGAGUUACAAAGUGUGGGGAAACACACUAAAAACAUCCUUUAAAAAAGCUCAGCAACUUUGGGGUAAAAUUGUAAAAAGUAGCUCUAAAAAUUAAUAAUCUUUUUUAAAAAAAUAUAUAUUGAUUUUUAUCCACUCUGAUCCAUGGACAUUAUUUUGAAGCCUUUGGCAAUGCUGGACACAGCUGCCCUUAGACUAGAAUGUCACUUAAAUUGGAAACCAUCUUUAGAAAGAUUUUCUCUCCGGAAGCAUUUUAUUUUAAAAAUCUGAUUUAAAUCCAAAAAAAUCUGAUUUGGGGGUUGUUUUUUUAAAAAAAUCACUGAUUUUUAUCCACCCUGUCAUGUGGUCAUGCAGUGCUUUCAAAUGCUCUGAGCUUACCUGGGAUUGCCCACAUAAGCCUCAAAUGUUCCCAUUUUAAAGAACAAGGAACCGAGGCUAAGCAAGAAUGAUCUAUCCCAGGCAUAGGCAAACUCCAGCCCUCCAGAUGUUUGGGUCUACAAUUCCCCUCAUCCCUGACCACUGGUCCUGUUAGCUAGGGAUGAUGGGAAUUGUGGUCCCAAACAUCUGGAGGGCUGGAGUUUGCCUAUGCCUGAUCUAUCCAAAGGUAUCGAGCCUUUCCUGAAUUGAGGUUUGAAAACUUCACUGCCACGGUUCUGAAGUUCCAGUACCAGGUCAAACAGCAGCCAGUAAGUGCACGGAUUGAUAACUUGUAUUUUAAAAUUAUUAUUAAUAAAAUGAAAUAAUUAGAAAAUUGCUGUUAUAUAAUAUAAAUUUUCUAAGCUGUAGAUAACAUCCUGUGUAAUAGGUCUUGUAUUGCUGGGACUAUAGGAAACCCUCUUGAUAUGAGUCAGCCCUUCGUUUAGCUUGGUGUUGUCAACACUGACUGGCAGCUGUUCUCAUGGGCUUCACGUGUGUCUUUCCCCCUGGAGAUGUCAGGGAAAGCUUAAUAAUUCUAAAAUAAAAUUAUUAUUAUAAAUUAUAUUAAUAACAUUAAUAUUAAAUUAAUAAUAUAUUACUAAUUUUAUAAUCAUAAUUAUUAUAAAAUAAAAUUAUUAUUUUUAAAAAAUAAUGAUGAUGAUAAUAAAAGAUUGAAUUUGUUGGAUUUAAAUCAGAUUUCUUUAUUAUUUAGCAGCAGCUGGGAGGCCAGCCAAAACAGCACAGUUUAUCUACACAAAUACAAUUCGCACGCGGAUAAAAUUGAAAUAUAUAUAUAAAAAAUCGGUCCAGUAGCCCCUUAAAGACCAACUAAGUUUGUUCUAGGUCGAAGUUUUUGUGUGCAUGUGGAUAAAAUAGUCAUUUAAAAAAAUAAAGAUACCCCUGGGUGACAUUUUACAAUAUGCACAUUUAUUGGAGGCAAGGAAACUCUCUCUCUCCCAGGCAAAAACCGGAAUACAGGUAACAAGAGGCCCAACUCCGAUUCCAAACCAACGCUUUCCAAAGGAAAAUUCCAGGAAGGGGAAAGCCAAAUGUCCUUUUUUUCGCCCUUUUUCCGAGCCAGACAAGCACAAUCACGCUUCGAAUUCCGCACUAUUUCUUGGAAGGAAGGAAGGAAAUCAAAGUUUUCCAAAUCCGGAAGACAAGAAACAUUUGGAACCAAAAUCGCACAAAUCCGGCGGACAAAGUUGCCUAUCAAUACAGACCAGCCAGUGCUCGCAGGACAUGGGGAAAGGGCUUCAAUCAUAA